AGGAGCCAAUGGGACACUUCGAGUCGACAGAGCGCCGCUCUUCUUUUUUUUUUCUCUGGGCUCCCAGCGGACUGAAUCAACAUGGGUGACAGUCUAUGUCUCUAAGGGCCCAGGCGGCCUGCAGGGCCUACUCUUUUCCGUUCCAGCCUGCGUCACUUCCGCUUUCUUUAUCAUCAAGAAGACCGCUUUUCCUCCGCCCAGCGCCCCCUGCUGGUUGCAGCGCGGAGAGACCUCCUUUUGAGCGGUGUUGCCGUGGCAACCGUCGGGGGGCUACAAGCAUGGGGGCACCUGCUGGAAGGGGCGCCAGGUUGGGGAAGCUGGGUUGGCCCGCCCUGAGCAACAGCCCCUGAAGGGCCUUUCUACCCAAGUGGGGCCGGCUCCUCCCUUGGAGACGUCAGCUGGGCGGCCCUCUCCUCCAGUGGGAAUCCUGCAAUCACCAGAAGCUGGCUUCCAAUAAUGGUGAAGCAGGACCGAAGGAUGAGUGUCAAAUACUGGCUCCUCUUCCUGCUGUACUUCGUGCAAGGAAUCCCUUACGGGCUGCAGUCCGGGCUCUUGCCGAUCUACUUCCGCACCGUGGGGCUCUCCUUCACCAAGAUCAGCCUGACCAAGCUGCUUUACCUGCCUUGGUUCUUCAAGGUGUUCUGGGCCCCCUUUGUGGACUGGUAUUUCUCCAAGAAAAGCUGGCUGAUCUUCACCAUGUGUGGCUUGGCCCUCACCUGCCUGGCUUGCUCGUUCCUGACCCCAGAGGAGGACUUCCUGGGCGUGGCUGUCGUCCUGCUCCUCAUGAACACCUUCGCCUCCGUUCAGGACGUGGCGGCCGAUGGGAUCGCCAUCCAGCUGUUGAGGCCAGAGGAGGUGGGAUUUGGGAACAGCAUCCAGGUCGUGGCUUACAAACUGGGUUCCGUCCUGGCUGGAGGCGGCCUGCUCACUUUCCUCCAUCACCUGGGCUGGGGAGCCCUCUUCGUCUACCUGGCUGUAAUCUACGCUGCGGCCAUUGGGUUCACCUCCAAGUUUCACCUGAGGGAUUCUCGUCAGGACAACCAGGCCAAGGAGAACAAUGUAGGCCUCCUGGGUUUUUUCCAUGAGCUCCUCCUUGUGCCGGACACGCUGUGGACCGCUGGCUUAGUCCUCAUCUACAAGUUGGGUGAACAGGGCUCGGUUUCCAUGUUCCCCCUCUUCCUCCUGGAUCACAGCUUCUCUCCCCAGAAGCUGGGCUUCUGGAACGGGAUCGUGGCCACCACCUUUUCCAUCGCAGGCUCAUCCCUGGGGGGCCAGCUGAUGUCCGAGGGCAGGCAUUCCGAUUCUCUGCAAACCUUGUUGGUCCUUCGCUUCUGCAACCUCCUUUUCCAGACCUGGGUGAUCUUGGCCUACACCGACCACGCGGCUGCCUUUGAAGUGGCCGCGGUGGUGAGCAUGUGCAUCCAGCACUUCAUCGGGGGCCAAAUCACCGCCCUGGUCUUCAGCAAGAUGAUGCUCUGCACUCAGAAAGCCCCAGAGAGGAUCCAGGUGGGUUCUACUUUCGGAGUCUCGAGCCUUUCGCACAACAGGAUGUCAGGGUUCCAGGGAAUAGAUCCGUUGCAAGCAAAAACUCCGAGGCAGGUGGAUUCCUUCAAGGAAUAA